AUGAUAGGAUUGGCAAUCAUUGAAUAUGAUUUGCCUUACUCUUUCGUUGAGUACAGAAUAAUUAGGGAGGCUUUUCAGUAUGCAAAUUCCAACAUAGAAUUUUGGUCAAGAAAUAUUGCGGCUGUUGAUUGCUUAAAGAUCUACAAGAAAGAGAAACUGAAGCUUGGAAAGAUGUUGGAUGAAGUUUCGGACAAAAUCCUAUCGUUCUAUGCAUUUCCUCCUCCACAUACGGGUGGUGGACUACUUUUAGAUGUAUCAACUAGGUGGAACUCAACUCACCUUAUGCUCUCAAGAGCAAUCAUGUAUAAGGAAGCACUUCGCCAUCUUGCCAAGAUUGAUACAAAGAUGACGAAUCUGAUCUCUGGUUCAUCUUAUCCAACUGCCAAUUUGUAUUUCAAUCAGGUAUGGAAAAUUGAAACUUGGCUGAAAGCUCAAGAGUACUCUUAUGACGAUGUGAUUUGUGAGAUGGUGAAAGGUAUGAAGGAGAAAUUUGACAAGUAUUGGGAGGAUUAUAGUGACAUACUUGCUAUAGUUGCGGUCUUUGAUCCUAGAUUGAAGUUUACCUAUAUAGAGUAUUGCUUCAAUACCCUUGAUGUGUCAACUAGUAAAGUAAGGGUGGAUCACUUGCGUAAGAAGCUGAAGAAGCUUUUUGAUGUUUAUAAGAAGAACCCAACAAAAACAGCAGGAAAUUCAAAGUCAAACAGUAUGGAGCAAAACAUUCUUCCUGGAUAUGGUGGCUUUUAUGCUUUCAUCUCCAAAACAGUUGGUGCUAAUGGCAAGUCAGCAUUAGACAAGUACUUGGAUAAACCAGUUUUGGACAUGAUGGCAUUUAAGAGUUUGGAUGUUUUGAAAUAUUGGAAGGAUAAUGCAAACCGUUUUCAAGAACUGUCUUCUAUGGCUUGUGACAUCCUUAGCAUCCCUAUUACGACUGUAGCUUCAGAAUCUUCGUUUAGCAUUGGAAGUCGGGUGUUAAGCAAGUAUCGGAGUUCACUCCUUCCUUCUACUGUCCAAGCUUUAAUCUGCGCAAGAAAUUGGCUUAGAGGUUUUGAAGAGAUUGUUGAUCCAUUUGAAGAAGGCAAAGAGGGAGAAGGAGAAGGAGAAUGA